AUGACCUAUGGUCGGAUUGCAUCCCUGAAUCGCUAUAAAACGGUAGGCAACGAAUUUUUGGAACAUUCUGAAUGGAUCCGUAAGCUUCGAACACCAUCUUUGAUCGGAAUUGCUUCCGUUCUAACGAUACCUUUCGGCAUAUUCAUCAUUACUCCAUAUGUGGUAAUGAACAUUUCUGGACCCUCAGCAUUACUUUCAUUGCUGAUUGCUUUUAUCAUCAUGUUCUUAUCAGGAAUGCAUAUGAAUGAAUUGAUGUGUUCAAUGCCAAAAAGUUGCUUAUUGUAUAAUUUUACAUAUGUUAGUUUUGGGGAAAUAGCUGCUUUUCUUGUUGGUUGGAUAUCAUUUCUCGAUUUUACUAUUUGCAUUGUUAUUGUGGCUAAAAAUUGGAGCAGUCAUAUGAAUUUAUUAUUUCAUGGAUUAUUCAAUAAGCAUUUCACAGUGGAGAUGUCUUAUCAUUUGGAUUCGAUUUUUGCAACAAAAAUAGAUUUCUUUGCUGUAUUAGCCAUUUUCUGUUCAUCAAUUGUGUUAUGCUGUAGCAUUCGAGUUUUGGCUACUGUAUCGAUAAUAAUGAUAACCAUAUGCGCUUUGGCAACUAAUAGUACCGCAUUUGUUGGCUUUUAUUUUGCUGAUGCAAAUAAUUGGCUAGCUGCUGGUUUUUUCAAAAAUGGCCCUAUCGGUGUGAUAAAAGGUGCAUCGAAUUAUUUAUGUGCCUACAUUGGUAUCGAAACAUUCAGUUUUCUUCUAGAAGAAACGAAAAAUCCACGAAAACGACUUCCAUUUAUUAUGCCAUUUAUAAUUACCGCCUUAACAUUAGUUAUGUUCUUAACAACGAUGGUUAUCACAUUAGCUACUGAUAUCUCAAAAUAUCCGGAUGACAUGCUUUUCCCAAAUAUUUUCGACAAACUUGAGAUACCCUCCGCAAAAUAUGUGAUGACAAUAGGUUCAGUAUGUGGUUUAUCUGGCACAAUGCUUGCAAUAUUUGUUCCGGCAACGAGGAUUCUGACAUCGCUUUGUGGAGACAGUUUGCUUCCCCUAAGUCUACUGGCUCAUACCAGCAAGAAGAGAGGAGUGCCAUAUUAUGCAGUGCUACUAUGUGCCCUGCUCUCUUCCUCAAUGCUUCUCCUCAAUGUCUCCAAACUAUUCGAAAUUAUCGCUUUCAGUACUCCUCUAAGACUGAUACUGCUUGGCUGUUUGAUAUACGAUCAGCGCUACAAUCCAAAUGUGGUUGGACUAUUUCGAGAGACAGCAUUCUACCGCGGCAUUUAUCGCAACCGGUAUAAUCGACACAAAACUAAAUCAUCGAAUAUUUUCACGGAUGAUGGAGAUUCGUGUUCGGUUACCGUCUCCGGCUACAGGUGGAGUACAGAUGACGAAAAUAGUGAAAUGAUAAGCAGUUGCGAAAUCCUACGAAACAUCAUUACUCAACAGGAAGUACAGUGUCAACAAGAAGUUUGUGAGAACUGGAUGGAUAAAAUAUCAUCAAUAAAUGAAAAUUUGGGAUUGUUGCUAAAUGAGGAAGACGAAGAAAAUGAAGCGGAUCAAAAGCUAAGUGAGAGAAAUUUGGCGAAAAAUUCACUUACUGGUUUGCGAUACAGUACAUUUAAUAAUUUGCUAGCAGAAAAUCUAAAGGAAACAACAACAAAAUUUUGUGAUGACAGAAAACGACUGUCUAUGUCAUCACAGGACACUUACGACUUUGGCCACAACUGUAUCAGAUCUCCAUGUUCUUCAUGCUUCAGUGAAACUGAAAUCAACAAGCAUAAGUUUCACAUUUUUGAACAUGAUAUUCCCAAGAUGCCAUACUGGAACAGAUAUCCUGGAUCAGUGUCUGGUUCGCAAGAUUUCGACAAAACUGACCAUAAAUGUUCAAUGAGAACUUUGUUUCUCUUUAUUUUAAGUUCUGUAAUUAUUGGACUUCUGAUUCUCAAGACCGAGAGCAGCUUAACAAAGCCGUAUUUAACUCUACCAAUGCUUUUGGCAUGCAUAACUUUGGUAUAUCUCAUGAUAAACAUUGCCCGACAAACAGUUAAUCCGAUAAACAAUGAACGAAGUUGUAAAACACCUGCAUUUCCACACCUCACACUUCUUGUAAUCUUUCUAGCCAUACUGGUGGCAUGCACUACUGAUUGUAUCACGGUAGUGGGAUUUAUCGCUUGGAUUAUUACUGGAAUGAUACUCUACGUACUGUACGGAUAUAAGUAUAGCAAAGAAGGCCGUGCACCAUUUAAUGGUUUGAUCGUUGGGAAUAACUUGAUAAAGGACAACUCUUCGACUAGAAUCAUGAAUAACACAAGUAAUCAUCAAUUUAGUGUAAUCAUGCUAUAA